GUUCAGUGAAAAUGAAAGCUAUUUUCUGCGGAAAUUUUGAAUAUGAUUGCCGGGAGUCUGAGCUGGAGCGGCUUUUUAGAAGAUAUGGGAAGGUUGAUAGGGUGGAUAUGAAGGCUGGAUUAUCUUUGCAUAUCCAUUUACUCCCAAGCUAAUGGAUGGGCUUUUCAGAAAUCCGAUUCCUGCCUGUGAUGCACAUCUUUGAAUCAUUCAAUUUGAUCCGCAAUGGCAAACCUCUACGUAUUCCUCAGUCACAUAUGCCUUUCAAUUUUCGUGCCUUUUGCCACUCUCCACUUUUGGACAUGAUAAAUAAACCUCACAGCAGAGGCAGCUGAAUGAAUGGAGAAGGCACUCACUUUCCACUGACCCACCAUGAGACCUACACUUUUGGAUUCUUGUUCUUGACACCACUUUGUUUAUUAUCCAAGGAUUUGCUUUUAUCUAUAUGGAAGAUGAGAGAGAUGCUGAGGCUGCAAUCCGUGCUCUUGAUCGGAUAGAAUUUGGUCGAAAGGGGCGCAGGCUUCGUGUUGAAUGGACGAAGCAAGAACGUGGUGUCAGAAGGCCUGCUGAGCGUCCAAAAAGAUCUUCAGCUAAUGCGAGACCAUCGAAGACCUUAUUUGUAAUUAAUUUUGAUACAUACCAGACCAGAACAAGGGACUUGGAGAGGCACUUUGAGCCAUAUGGUAAGAUAGUCAGUGUGAGGAUCAGAAAGAAUUUCGCGUUUGUUCAGUAUGAAUCAGAAGAUGAUGCUUGCAAAGCACUGGAAGCUACAAAUAACAGCAAAUUGAUGGAUCGGGUUAUUUCAGUUGAAUUCGCUGCUAGAGAUGAUGAUAGGCGAAAUGGACAUAGUCCAGAUAGAGGCCGUGAUCGUCAACGUGACAGAAGCCGUGAUGGAAGGCGAUCACCCAGUCCCUAUCGUCGAGAAAGGGGUAGUCCUGAUUAUGGUCGUGGGCCUAGUCCAUAUAAGAGGGAGAGGAGCAGCCCUGACUAUGGGCGUGGCAACAGCCGUAGUAGAAGCCCCCAUCGAAGGGAGCGAGGUAGUCCUGCUUAUGGGCGUAGAAACCCUAGUCCUUACAGAAGGGAGAGGGAUGGUGCUGAGGCUGUUCGCGACACCAGCCGCAGUCCUUAUCAUAAAGAGCGGCGGAGAACUGACCGAUCUCGGUCCCAUAGUCUUGAAGAAGGAGAGAGGAUAGAACCUCAAAAAGGUCAUGGAUCUGACCCUAGUCCUUAUGGUACUGUGAAGGAUAGCCCUGAAAAUGGCCAUGACCGGAGGCGUAGUCCUGAUGCAAAAAGAAACCCCAGCCCAUUCAAUGGUUCUAGAGGGAGCCCUAGUCCUGAUGCAAAAGGGAACCCCAGCCCAUACAAUGAUUAUGGAGGUAGCCCAAAUACUAUGCCGGAACCCAGGGACAGUCCCAACUAUGGUGGUCCUGAAAGUCCCAUGAAUGAACAAUAUCGCAGUCAGAGCCAGUCACCCCCUGCAGAAGAAUGAUUUCAGUCGUUGAUGAAAAAGCCUGAAGGGCCAACAGAUUGUAUAACAUGGUCGUUACAGGACUAAAUUUAGUUUCAGCAAAAUGCUUUAGUGUAGAGUCGAUAAAGCUUCGAAACUUAUGGUGGUUUGACAGUUUUUGUGUCCAUUCAUUUAGAUAGCUUCAUACUCUCAGUUUAAUGUUGUAGAAUUUUUUCUUAAUAGUGGUACUAUAUCUUCCAUGAAUAUUAUCGAACUUGUGUUGUUGUCA